AUGGCUUUCCCCGCAGGACUACCACUCAGAAAGCUGGACCAUAACUUCAACAAUGGCGAAGGAAGUGUUUUGUCUUUUGAUCAAAUGCGGACCCUCACCAUGGCAAAUCCUCUUUGGCGAGAAUUUAUCAACAAUCGUAUAGCCCUCGAGCGCCGCUAUGGACAGCUUCUACAUUUGUACGAAGAAAUGUUUUCAAACUAUUUUGGUGGCUACAUGCCAAUUCACUACGGAACAUCAACCAACAGCACCGUGAAUCCCGAAACUGUAGUCAAAAUCAUUCUGACGCUUGCAGAACUUUCAAUGUCUGAAUCUUCAGAGUCAUCUGAGAGCCCGUUUUCGGAUGAAGAAGAUGCGCUGAAGAGGAUGGGUUGGGACGAUUUACACGCGAAGAAGCCUUGCUGGGGUCUUUUAUCUGAUACAUACGCCGCAGCAACAGUUUCUUCCACCAGCAUAUCAGGAAAGCCUUCACUCAAACUUUCAGGUUCUCCAAAGCCUUACGGGAGCAACCCUAUUCUGCUCCACAUCGAUGGUGUCUCUGAUGACGAACUCAGAGAUCAACUCUUCGUCGCCAGAGAGGCAGGCUGCAUUGGCAUUAUUGUUGAAAUGGUAGAGACUCAGUUCAACGGGAGAGUCUUGGAAACCAGUCUUCUCAAACGACUGAGCGCCAUGUGUGCGGAGCACCAAUUUCUAUUAGCAGUAGACGAGACUCUGACUGCCAUACGUUGUGGUGCCCCUUUUUGUUUUCAACGGGAGGAAUUCUUUGAUAUCAUAUCCCCUGAUCUCGUCUUUUUCGGCAAGGCUACAGGAUCUCAGGGAGUUGCUAUCAACUUUGACGGGCAAUUCGUCAAAAGAUUUGGGCUCUCGGGCAGUUCACGUGGCCGCGCUGUUCGCAAGUGGCAAGACAACUUCCAGAAGCCACUGCCGACUGCAAACCUCAUUCAGGCUAUGGCUACAAUUGAAAUUGCAGUUCAAGGGAACUUUGUGAUGCUGAGUAGAAUCAUCGGACAGGCUAUUCGGGAAUUCAUUCUCGAACAGGCGGUGGAACGAGGUCAUGAGGUGACUGCUCAGGAUGUACUUGGAGGCUUGGAGAGUCUAAUUUUUGUAAGAAAGGAUAUAGCUGGCGAGAUGCUGGUCAUGAGCGCAAACACGGCUGGUUCCUGGAUACCUUGGGUGAAGUGGCUACCCAGGCUUGAAAAGGAUUUGACGAGAAGCGAGGUACUCGAAGAGGUCAUUGGCAGAAAGAGCCGAUUAGCUCGCGAGGAGCUCUCGAAUAUGCUGGUGAAGCGAGGGUCUAAGCCGACUUGGUGUUUCUGGUGUGGAAACCGAACCACAGCGAAGAAAGACGACUGGUGUCGGAGGUGUUGCAUUGGUAUAUGUGAGGGGGACGUUUGUGGGCGACAUCUCUUCCGGCAUGAGUGUGUUUAA